AUGUUUUCCAAUGUACCGGAAGAAAAAGAAGAUGCGCACGCACCAUUGCUCGUGAUUGGCGCUGGGGUUGGCCGAACUGGAACAAUGACCUUGAAAACUGCAUUGGAAAUACUGUACCAAAAACCGUGCUAUCACAUGACGGAAAUUGUGUAUAAACAUUUGGAUCACGUGAAACUGUGGACAAAAUUGCAUGAUCGAAUAGAGCAAGACAUUGAUGCUGAGUUGCCCGCUGAUAUGAUCAAGCGGAUUUUCAAAGGUUAUCAGAUGACAACUGACAAUCCGGGCUGUACGAUCUACAAACAGUUGAUGAAAAUCUAUCCGGAAGCAAAGGUAAUACUCACUACGCGCGAUCCAAACACAUGGAUUCAAAGUAUACGCGAGACAGUCAGACCUAAGCAGCCGCUCUUUGGGCCGGGCUGGUUAGACAAGAUGAAAGAGCGACUCGUGAUGACACCAGGCUUUUCGCAUAUGGCGGAUCAAUCUCUGACCCUAUCUCUGGGAUCCAAUGUGAACUUGGAUAAUGAUGAACAGAUGAAGCGAGCAUUUGUGCGGCGAAACGAAGAAGUUGAACGCACCGUACCCGCAGAUCGACUCCUCGUAUUCCAAGUCAAAGACGGCUGGGAACCGUUGUGUCGAUUUCUGGGGAAACCGAUCCCAGAUGUUCCAUUCCCCCACGUGAAUGAUCGUAAAACAAUGAAGGGACGAAUCAGACGAAUCCGGAUGGGAGCCAAUUGCUUGAUCGCAUUUUCAGUUGUCCUACUCGGUGUGGCUAUCGCUUCGGGAGUAUUCUGGUUCAAGACAACAUAG